AUGGACGCUAGUGCUUACUGUCCUGGUGGCUUCGCCCUUGCUACUUCCCAACUGGGUUUGCAGGGCAAUUCUCUAAUUACAUGA